UGACGCGCGCUUCUGUUACCGCGUGCACGCAGCAGAUGUACUGCUAGCGAAAAAACAACAACUUUAAAACACUAAAUCUUGCAAUGGAUUCUGCAAUGGAGCUUAUAAACCAGAUCUUACUGCAGUACCCGCAGCUGCUGUACGCUGGAGCCGGGGCGACGGCGGUUGUUACGGGAGGCGCUGUGAUUUACAAAGUAGCGAACAGGAAGAAACCAACGCAUGUUAAUGUGAAUUGUUGGUUUUGUAAUCAAGACACGGAGGUUCCAUAUGGGAACAGAAACUGCUGGGACUGUCCGUACUGUGAGCAGUACAAUGGCUUCCAGGAGAAUGGUGACUAUAACAAACCAAUACCUGCACAAUAUAUGGAGCACCUUAACCAUGGAGUAUCAGCUGGCAUUCCUGUGUCUGAGGCACCAAAGAUGCUGCAGUGGGUCAACUGUCAAAUGCUGCUGUGCAAGAAGUGCAACAACAACCAAACACUGAAGAUUAAACAGCUGGCUUCAUUCACUCCCAGGGAGGAGGACAAUUAUGAUGAAGAAAUUGAGGUGUACAAGCAUCACCUUGAGCAAACCUACAAGUUGUGCAGGCCUUGUCAGACGGCAGUGGAGUACUACAUCAAGCACCAGAACCGGCAGCUGAGGGCUGUGCUGUUCAAUCACCAGCUCAGACGCAGCCGUGAUGCCGACAAAGCCUUUGUUAAGAGCACCUACGCUGUCUCUACACCUGCCUGGCUGAUAACCCUGCGAAUCCUGGCCUUUCUCGCGUGUGCUUUUUUGGUCGCGGUGGCCAUUUAUGGAUCUGAAGAUUUAUCCUCUGUCCCCAACAGCUCUCAAACCUUGAGCGGAGGUGUUGCCCCACCCAAACGUGCAUUUCAAAAUGAAACUGAAGCAAAGGCCAACAACAGUACCAAAACCGUGCAAAUGUGGAAUGAUCUAAUGGGCCUUCUUCCAGAACAAGCUGUAGAAAAUGUCAAGCUGAUCUGGCAGUCUGGAAGCAACCACCAGAUGGCUGUUGCUUCUGUUGGCCUUUUGACUUGCGUAACUGGUGUCUUAAUGGCAGGGCCCAUCAGGUUGAGGAGAAUUGAUGCCGUCGCCUCUUUCCUUUGGCUUCUGGUGUUAUGCCUGUACAUGGCCGAAUGCUACCUGAAGACCCCUGCCUGGCUGGACACAAUCAAGUUCGGCACCACCUCCUUGUGCUGCUUGGUUGGGUUUGCAGCUGCUGUGGCGACACGCAAGCCCACAAGUCCAAGAAGAACCAGAGGCCGCAGGUAUCUGUCGGGCAGUUCUGUUGGGAUGUACUGCAGUGGUCAGUCUUCCUUGCUAUCUGGAUCCUCCACUUUUAUCCCGACUCCUCCCCCCAACUUGCCACAGCUCAUUGCCCACCAGCAAAGCCACAAAGCCCGCAAAGCAUCCCCUUCCUCCCUGCCGGGGCGCCUGAACAGAGCCCUCUCCCUGGGCACCAUACCCUCACUUGCCCGAACAGAUUCUGGCUUCCUCUUCAGCGGGAGUCGACCAUCCUCACAGUGCAAAGACUCUCCACCUUCAGAUUACUUCUCUCUGAAGUCAGGAAGUCGGCCUUCCUCCCCCGGCCCCUCCCCCACACCCUCGGUGGCAGGUUCGGUCACGUCCACCUCCAGCUCAGCCAGGCAGCGUCGGCCUCUCAUCAGCCCAGCACGGCUUAACAUCAGCGGGCAGAAGCUUCAGCUUUUCUCCUCUCCUUUGGAGUCCGUGAGCCUGGCUCCCCCACAGCCCUGUUUGUCAGAACCGAGUCACUUCCACAGCAGAGCUUUCGUGCCUGAUGUUCCUCAUUUUCCCUCACACGGUCAUGACUUGGGUUCGCUGUUUGAUGACGGCAGUGUUUUUGACCAUGCAGAGAAGAAACUGAGCAGCUCUUCAGGAUCAUCCAGCUGCCAUGUGGACACAACCACAGGAAAUGAAAAUGACAGCAAAUCUAACUGGAAAGGUCGUGUCGGUCAGUCCCUAUGGCCAGGUCUUCUGUUCACCAGCUUGACUGCUAACCUCACCUUCAUCUCAUUCUAUCUAUAUUACAAUUGGAGAUGAGAAGGUGUUCAAGGGCCAGAGUCUUCUUCACUGUCACCUAAGAGGGCAUGCACUGGUAUUUGUUAACCUAUUACCCUCUCUAGGCUGGAAACGCCUAGGGAGCAUUCAAGCUGCUGGUAGCUGUUUUUGCUGCUUGUCUCUGCAGAUUCUGUGAUCCACAAGGUUCAUCUUUCGGCACAUUUUGUGCUGAGUCAGGUUUUGUGAACUUUCAUAUUAACUGGUAUCAAGUACUACUUUUGCUCAUGAGUAGGAACAACCACCCUUACAUGCUCCAAAAUGACAGGCAGUUUGUAAACCUUGCUCUUAUUUUGAAGAUGAGUUGCCUUUCUUGGUGUGUUUUAAAAUUAAGGAGCAUGUUGUGUUUAUUUAAAGACGAUUAGGUCAUUCUUUUCUUCUUGAUGGGGUGUUGCUAUGCUGUAUUAAGAUUUUAACAUCUCCCACUAGGCUUUAAUUGGAGUGUUAUUGUGUGAGAUUACAUAGUGCUAUGGUCUGUAUGUGGUCAAACCUUUUUUUAGUCAGCAUUAUUCCAGUGUAAAGGCAAGGCAAGGUUAGUCCUGCAUGUCAUUAAUGUUCAGUUAACUGAUCAGUUCAUAAUAUCAUGUAACUCUGACUGUACCCCUGUUCCUGCACACUCUCAUUUAAAGCCAUUGGAUGCACAGAGAUAUGUUGACUACAUUUUGUACUUGCUGUUUUGUACCUGGUCAUCAUUUUCACAUACACUAAUUCCAGAAUUCAUAGACAGGCCUAAAUAAUGUGCAAGGAUGUAGUGUUCAUCACCAUUGAUAUCUGUAAUGAAAUUGUCUUUUGUGAUUACAGCUUCUGUUUCCAUGAAACAGACACUCACACAGUUGUUGGUGGUAAUUUAUAUACAAGAAUCACAAAUUGGAGAAAUGUUCAUAUAUACCAAAAAAUCCUCAAUGCUAAUUUUUUGUCUAAUAUUUUGCAUGGAUUUUUCUUUUAUUUGAAGAUACACUAAGCUGAAAGCUGAAAAGCAGAGCAACUUGAGUAACUUAAUUGUCUUAGUUAAAAAAAAAAAAAAACUAAGCAGCAUUUUACUGAAAGAACAUUCAGGCUCAGGCUGUUGUGAUAUUUUUACAAAGAGAAUGCAACUGUACUUUUAAACUAAGCAUUUUCUUUCUUUUGUUUUCACUGCAAGCUACUACUCAAGGCAUUGAGAAAAUGCCUGGAGCUGUAACUUGCAACAUAUACAUAUUUGUAAAAUGUGAAUGUGUAUUUAUUAAGAUGUAUAGUGAAAACACUGGGAAGGUAUGAAUGACCAGUUAGGGGUCUGGUAUUAAAAUGUAAAUACAUUCCAUGUAUGUAAAUAAAACUUUCCCUCAAAAAAUA